AUGACGAGCAAGUUCGUACAGGGUCUGACUAAGCAGCUUCCUCGACUUCGAAAUAGGGGAAUCGAAAUUUUACGAAAUCCUGGUACAAACAAGGGUGCGGCGUACUCUCAUAGAGAGCGGCAGAUUCUUGGUCUUCACGGUCUUCUUCCUCCAGCUGUUUUGACGCAGCAAGAGCAAUGCCAAAGCGUUCUAACUAAUCUAUACGCUCUAGAUGAUGAUCUUAGUCGUUACAAUACUCUCAUGUCUCUUCAAGAUCGCAAUGAGAAACUAUUUUAUAAGGUUGUCACUAGCAAUUUGGAAUAUCUUCUUCCUCUCAUCUAUACCCCCACUGUCGGAAAAGCUGCUGAAACCUAUGGUGCGAUUCUCCGUCGUCCCAGAGGUCUUUAUAUCACCGCUAACGACAAAGGUCACGUACGUAGUAUUCUACGUAACUGGCCAGAAAAGCGUGUCAAGGCCGUUGUCUUGACUGAUGGGGAAAGAAUCCUUGGUCUCGGUGAUUUGGGAGCACAAGGAAUGCCCAUUCCAAUUGGAAAGUGUGCCCUAUUUACUGCUCUAGGUGGUGUUAACCCUCGAUAUUGCCUACCAAUUACGAUUGAUAUCGGAACAAACAAUGAGGCUCUUCUGAGUGCGGAAUUCUAUAAUGGUCUUCGCCAAAAGCGUGUCCCUCAAGACCAAUACUUCGAACUUAUGGAUGAAGUUAUGGAAUCUUUAGUCGAUCUCUACGGUCCCAACGUUUUAAUUCAAUUUGAAGAUUUUGCCACUAAAAAUAGCUUCAACCUUCUCGAACGUUACAAAAACGACUACGUUGUCUUCAAUGAUGAUGUCCAAGGUGCUGCUUCUGUCGCUCUGUCUGGACUUAUUUCCGCCACACGUAUCACUAAGACACGCUUAAUGGACAACAAGUACCUCUUUUAUGGUGCUGGUGCUGCUGCGACUGGUAUUGCUAGAAUUCUCAUCGCUGCUAUGCAAGAUGAGGGUGCUUCGGAAGCUCAGGCUCUGUCUCGAAUCUACAUGAUGGACUCCAAGGGGCUCAUGGUUAAAAGCCGUCCAGGGGGUGUUCAGGAACCACACAAGCAAACGUUCGCCCGUGAUGAUUGCGGACCUGUUGAUAGGUUGGUGGAUGCUGUUACUCAAAUCAAACCAAGCGUUCUUAUUGGGGCUGCGGCUAUGCCACGAGCCUUCACACGUGAAGUUUGCAACAUGAUGGCCACAAUUAACAAGAGGCCCAUCAUCUUUGCCCUCAGUAAUCCUACUGAAAAAUCGGAGUGCACAGCUGAAACCGCUUUUAAGUCAACCGAGUGCCGUUGCAUUUUUGUAAGCGGUUCACCAUUCCCGAAUAUUCAUUUGCCAUCGGGUAAAGAAUUCUUCCCCAGCCAAGGCAAUAACUCUUAUGUUUUCCCUGGUGUCGCCAUGGCCGUAACCUCGGCUCUUAUUCGCCCACUUACCCAAGACCUUUUCCUCACUGCUGCUAAGACCGUUGCCAACAUGGUAACUGAGGAAGAUUUGGCCGUUGGCAGGACCUUACCACCGGUUAUGAAACUUCGUGAAGUUGCUGACAAAGUUGCUGUGGAAUUGGUCACCAAAGCUUUUGCCAAUGGUACUGCUCAAUACCAUCCCCAACCAGCUGACAUUCACCAAUUCAUUCAAGAGUCGGCCUACGAUCCAUGCUACGCUGACUUUACUCCGGAUGAAUAUGAUUGGCCCGACCAUCAGCAGUAG